AAAGUAUUUUUUCAUUAUUAUUACAUAUAUUUAUUUAAUUUAUUUAAAUAUAUAUAUAUCAAGUGGAUGCACCAUGAAAUUUUCUACUAAUACUAAUAGCAAUUAGCUAUGAAGCUGUCAUAAAAGACCAAAUUAAAUUCUGUGGGGAUUUUUGAAGUAGUUAUCUAUCUUUAUCUUAAUUAUUUGCAAAAAAAUGGAUAUUAGCUAUUUUGGAAACCCUAAUGCUUCAAACCCUUAUCAUCACUAUAAUAAGAAUAAUAAUAUAGCUCCUUCUUCUUCAUCUGAUUUCAUUAACUUUUCUGAUUAUCUUGUGCUUGAUGAUGUUGUUUUUGUUGAUAACAAUAAUAAUAUUAAUAAUCAAGAGUAUUACUCAUCAUGGUCACAAAGUUCAGAAACUGAACAAUCAUCAGAUAAGGCAGCUUCUAGUUCCACCACCACCACCACCGCCGAUGUUGUCAUUAAUCAAGGAUUAAUCAGUGAUGAAACCUCUAUCAACAACAAUAACACGACCACGACGAUAAAGCGCAAAACUGGAGGGAUUAAAGAAAAUACAGUAGAAGUGAGCCCAAGAAUCACGUUUAGAACGCGAUCGCAGCUUGAGAUUAUGGAUGAUGGAUACAAAUGGAGGAAGUAUGGAAAGAAGUCAGUCAAGAAUAGUCCAAACCCAAGGAACUACUACAAGUGUUCAGGUGAAAGAUGUGGAGUGAAGAAAAGAGUGGAAAGGGAUAGGGAAGACUCAAGCUACGUGCUAACAACUUAUGAAGGUGUUCACAAUCAUGAGUCCCCGUGCACUUCAUACUACACUAGUCCAGUGUCUUCUAAUUUGGUCUAUUCCGAUCAAUGGACUUCUGCAAACUCAUCAUCUUCUAAUUAAUUUGGUCUAUAGGUUAUAUACCAUAUUAUUAUAUAGUAAUUAGUAAGUAUAUAUGUAGCUAUAGGCUAUAGCUGGCUACUCUUAAUAAAAGGUUGGGAAUUAGGUUUGAUCGAGUUGCCAAUUAAGUUGCAUCGGCUAUUAUAGCUCGCCGUGCUAUUUUUUUUAAUGGCAAAGAUAUAUUAGAAAUUACAAAGAGUAUAAGAAGUACUCGAAAGCUGAAACGGCGGGGAAAGAUGUGCGUGGUAUCUGUCCGGUGAAUUUUGCGAGCCGUGUUUAGCUAGCUUCAGCUUCUAGCUAUUCCUCUUUGUAUAGGUCAUCUUGCUUUGUUUUUGUGGCUCUUUUGCCACUUACAUUCUGUUGCAGACUUACAGUGGUUAACUUGUAUAUAGUUUUUCCUCUCUUUUUCUGAUA